GCAGGGGGCAGGCGCGUGCGUUGUAUUCCACGGGGAGGCGAGCUCGGGCUCAAGUUACCGGAAAAGGAGGAGUUGGCAUUUCCGGUGUGUACCGUUUGAUGUUUGGUUUUAGAGACAACAAGUGGCAUGGACUUGUCUUGUCCACAGCAGAAUGAGUGUGUCGGUAGCUCUGUGGCAAGCAAAUGGGACUUGGCAGAAGCACAGCAAAAACUGAACAGCUUAGCUCUGCAUAAUUCAGAGUCUAUAGAUCAAGAAAAAGCCAAGGCUAAAGAACAGUUGUCCGAAUUAAAGCGAAGGGAAGAAGAAUGGAGGCUGAAAGAAGCAGCUUUACCUCCUACUGAAACCUGGGGACUGUCCGCUUCAGAUUUCCGUAGUCAAGAUGUUUUUAAUAAGAGCUUUAUUAAUCAUGUGAAAAACAGGGAAGAUGAUCAGCCUAGAAGUUUUAUUCAGAAAUAUGAAGAUAAAAUUCGACAUUUUGGCAUGCUCAGUAGAUGGAAUGAUAGUCAGAUUUUUCUGUCGGAAUAUCCAGAUCUUGUAUGUGAGGAAACAGCUCAAUAUCUCCGUUUGUGGUGUUACCAUUUAGAAAGUGAACAGAAAACAGCACUUAUGGAACAAGUGGCACAUCAAGCAGUUGUAAUGCAGUUUAUUAUUGAAAUUGCAAAGAACUGUAAUGUGGAUCCAAGAGGAUGUUUCCGUUUGUUUUUCCAAAAAGCCAGAACAAAGGAAGAAGGAUAUUUAGAAGCCUUUAAAAGUGAACUUGAAGUAUUUAAAUCAAAAGUUCGCAUGCAUGCUGAAUCCCAAAGAUACGAAGCCGCAGUGUUCCAGAAUGCAUUUUCUCCUGACAUGUAUUUACAGCCGUGCCAUCAACAGAAUGUUUUCCAAAGUCAUCCAAACCUCAGUCCGCAUCAUUUCAACCCAAACAAGCAGACAGAAGAAGAGGACUCCAAACUCAUGGACAUUCUGUAACACGGAUACAUUAUUGCUACAUGAACCAGUGUGGCUGUAUUCAUAUAAGUGACAUUUACUACUACUCAAUGCUGCACUUUAAUCCUUUUUAUUUUUUACUAACCCCCUGAGGGUAAUUUAAGUCCCUGAUAAGUUUGUGGUGUCUUACAGCGUGAACGUUUUGCUGCUAUCUGUCGUACAGGAAAAUGGAAGUGAAUGCAGUGCUUCUGCCACAAGUAGAUUUUGCCUUCUGCCAAUGACUUGGUUUUGUAUUGUUUUAGGAGAAAAAAUAUUUAAAACUUGAAUAAAAAAUAAAUAGUAUUUACAAUAUUA